AUGUCUGAUAAUGCUUACAAAGAAGUUUGUUUUAACAGUUAUUAUAACGAAUUAGAUGAAUACCAUAGUGAUAGUGAAAAUAAAGACGGCAAAAAUGAAGAAAAUGCCAACGAAUUUUAUAAUUGGGAUGUUUUUCGAGAAUUUCUUCAAACGACUAAAAUUGGAUCGAUGGAAGAUAUAACUUUAUAUGAAUAUUCUUUAAAAGCAAUCAAAGUUUGUACUUAUUUGGUUUUAUUUAUACUAAUUCUUGGUGGAGGAUUUUUUUCUAGAGCAUCUAUUUUGCUUGCAUCCUCUCAGAUUGGACCGAAGCAUACCAUGCAAUACUGUGAAUACAAUUAUAUAAAUAAGAAUAUAACUGUAAUGAAAAAUGUGAUUAUUGAAAUCCCAGAAGAAGGAAAAAUUAUGUGGUAUUGGUGUAUAUUUAUAGCUUUUUGUAUACCAGAGCUAGUAACAAGCAGCUAUACAAUUUAUCAUAUAUUAUUUAAAAAGAAAAAAUUCCCAAGAAUCUGGGAUCUUCUUUUUGUAUGUUUCAUUGAAGGCUCUCAUGCUGCAGCUAUAACUGUACUUUUUUUAGUAAUUCUUCCAGAGUUUGACUCGGUUUUAGCAGUAACAGUCAGUAGUUGUAUCUAUUUUGUACCUACAAUUCUUGGUCUCUUUUCGCGUAAUAGACAAGAUAAAGUAGGCCAUCAAUUCACUAUUACAAUUGCAGGAGAUGUAAUAAUACUCGUAAUUCAAAUCUCAUAUAUUAUUGCUUUAUUAUGUUUUAAUCCAUUCCGGUCCACUAUCAAGUGGUUAUUACCUUUUACACUUGCAAUCUGCUCAUUGCGAUGGUGGUCCAAUUACAUUUCAUCAAGAAGUUCAUUCAAAUUCAUUCAAUUCCUCUGCCGAAUCAAAGAAAGGUUGGAACCAAGUCGUGAAACCGUGCAAGGAAUCAGUGCAAUAUUUCGAAUAUUAUUUUUUUUCGGAACUACACUGAUAAUUAUUUAUUUAAAGGACAUAAGUCUCUCAAAUUUUAUCACAACAUUUCCAGGAAAAUUGAUGUACAAUGUAACUAUCAGAAAAUUUCAAGAUGAUUUCUCUAAUAAGGGUGUAUCAAAUAUAAUUGAAUUUUACAUGGUUUCUUCACAUGUAGUAUUAAUCGUGCUAUUGAUUAAUGCUGUAGCAUCAUUAAUAACUUUUUUAACCAGUAAAUUUGCUAUCAGAGGUUUAAUGCAAUCUUUUGGAUUUGCACUGCCUGUUAGUUUGACAGUUCCAGUGACUUCUAUUUUACUUCUUAUCAUCUGUAUCAUGCAAAAGAGUGAUCCUUGUGCUCUAGUUAAUUAUAUUCCAAAUUAUUUAUCUUUUAACUCUCCAGAAUAUGAUCAUUUUUUGGAUGCUAUAUCUCAAUGGCAAUUCUGGAUUGGGAUAUUUGUAUUUCUGUCUCAAAUAUGGCUCACGACACAUAUCUGGACUUCUCAUUGUGAAAGACUGGCAAGUGAAAAACGUAUUUUUGCCGUCUACUCAUAUGACUCGUUUAUCAUUGAUCAAUCGUUGAUAUUUAAUCGACGAAGAGAUUUUUUAAAUGAAUCUUCAAAUCCAGAGGUUGAUAAAAUAACUAAAGUUUUUGCGUGUGCAACCAUGUGGCAUGAAACCAAAGAUGAAAUGAUGCAAUUUAUCAACAGUAUUUUGAGAUUAGAUCUUCAUCAAGCAGCUAUGAGAUUCACGUUGAAACAAUAUAAAGUUAUAAUUGAUGAUUACUUUGAACUUGAAGCACACAUUUUUUUCGAUGACGCUUUUCGGUGUAUGCAUGGAUGUGAAACCGUUUGUGAUCAUCAUGAAGAUGAAACCUAUGUUAAUAAUUAUGUAAAGACAUUUAUAGAAGUGUAUAAAAAGUCAAUUGAAAGUCUUUGCAUAUGUGCAUAUUCACCGACCAAGUACCCAGCUCCAUAUGGAGGAGUACUUGAAUGGAUUCUUCCGGGAAAAAAUAAAUUGAUCGUUCAUCUAAAAGAUAAAAAUAAAAUCCGUCACAGAAAACGAUGGAGUCAGGUCAUGUACAUGUAUUACUUACUUGGUUAUCGAUUAAUGAGUCAACCGAUUCAUUCAAGUCGGAAAGAGAUAAUAGCAGAAAACACUUUUAUCCUGACACUGGAUGGAGAUAUCAACUUUCGACCUAAUGCACUACAAACUCUUCUGCAUUUGAUGAAAAGAGACAAAAAUCUAGGUGCUGCAUCUGGUCGAAUUCAUCCUAUUGGUUCGGGUCCAAUAGUUUGGUUUCAAAAAUUUGAAUAUGCAAUUGGCCACUGGCUUCAAAAAUCAACAGAACACAUAAUUGGCAGUGUUUCGUGGAGCCCAGGCUGCUUUUCACUUUUUCGAGCUAAGGCAUUGAUGGAAGACAACGUAAUGAAAAGAUAUGCAACUAAAUCAGAAGAAGCUAAACAUUAUAUCCAAUAUGAUCAAGGUGAAGAUCGAUGGCUAUGCACUCUUGUUUUGCAAUCUGGAUAUCGAGUUGAAUAUUCAGCAGCUAGUGAUUCAUAUACACAUGCUCCAGAAACGUUUAAUGAAUUCUAUAAUCAACGUCGGCGUUGGAUUCCGUCAACUAUAGCUAAUAUUUAUGAUUUAUUGAGUAAUUCCAAGGAAACUCGAAAAGUCAAUGAAAAUAUGUCGUGGUUAUAUAUUUCAUAUCAAUGGAUAUUAUUAGGGAGUACAGUCCUAAGUCCAGCAACAAUCUUUAUGAUGCUUGUAGGAUCCUUUGUAGUCGCUUUUAAAAUCGAUGAUUGGUCUAGCUUAUUUUACAACUUGAUUCCAAUUAUAAUAUUUGUAGUAAUUUGUUUUACUUCAAAGGCUUCAAUCCAACUUAAAUUUGCUGCAAUUAUUUCUACAAUUUAUGGGUUAAUUAUGAUUAUUGUUCUUGUUGGUAUAAUGAUUCAAAUUGCAAAAAACGGAUGGUUAACUCCGGGUACAAUUUUAUUCCUUAUUGUUAUGGGGCAACUCGUUAUUGCUGGUUUGUUACAUCCCCAAGAAUUAUCAUGUCUUCUGUGCAUUGUGAUUUAUUACAUAGCUGUCCCAUCAAUAUAUUUACUACUUAUUAUUUAUUCGAUUUUCAACAUUAAUAAUGUAAUCUGGGGUACGAGAGAAUCUAAAGAAAAUAAAGAUAUUUCAACUGAACAAAAUCCAUUGUUGACGGAAAAUCAAUCUUCGGAAUCAAAUACAUCUAAAUUAUUUCAAAAAGAAUCACUGGACUCUUUAAUCGUUUAUUUAUUCAGAAUUUUGUUUAAUACUCAGAAUAGGGAUUCAGAUCAAUUUGAAAAACUCGAUUGUAUUGCCGAAACACUAAAUAACAUUGUCGUUCGUAUAGAUAAAUUAGAAAGUAAUAUUAAGAACAAAGCUCAACGAUUAAGACCUAAAAUGUUAAGUUCUCCAAAAGAUAUUCAUAUGAAUACGACCGAAACUGAUAGAAUUUGUAAAAGGGAUCGAAAAACUUCUGAACAUAGUUCUAAAUAUUCAUUACUGCCUUCUACACAUAUAAAACCAAAUAAUGUACGAGAAAAUCAUUAUCUCAUAAGUCCACAUUGGAUUCAAGAUCCGGAUCUCCAAAAAGGACAAGUCCAAUUUUUAUCUCUUGAAGAGGAACUCUUCUGGAAACAAUUGAUAAAAAAAUAUCUUCAACCACUCAAUGAAGAUAAAAAACAGCUUGAAAAAGUAACUAUGGAAUUAAAAAAGCUACGUGAUGAAAAUCUUUUUAAAUUUUUUAUGAUCAACGCAUUGUUUAUAUUUAUAAUUUUUAUGAUGCAAAUAAAUAAAGACAAACUGUAUCUUCAAUGGCCUGUAGGAAUUACGUACAAUGUUACUUAUCAUAAUGGAGGUACUAUGGAGGUGUUCAUAGAAAGAAACUAUUUACGCAUAGAGCCAAUAGGUUGCCUUUUUGUUUUUGGAUUUGGUUUGAUUCUUUUUAUACAAUUCAUAGCAAUGCUAUUCCAUAGAUUUGAUACUUUUAUUCAUUUGCUAGCAAAUACUGAUCUUAAUUUCAGAAGUUCCAAGAAACCAAAAGAUAUCUUAUCAGGUGAUUUAUCUGAGAUUUAUGCACAAGACUUUGUCAAAGAAUUACAUAGACUAGCUGAAAUCAAUGCGAAUCCAAUGUCUAACAUGCAUCAGUCACAUUAUACAGAAUCACCCAAAAAACACAAUACAAUUCAUACUUUAAUAGAGAAUCAAGGACUCCAUAUGAGACUACCGACCGACUUUGAUAUGAUAUUUCUUCAAAAUUUAAGAUCUCCAAGUACAUCAUUCAUUACUGAACAGAACAGAAAUGGAGCAUUAAAAAACAGAUCAGUAGACAGUUAUACGAUAAAUCAAAGUAUAGGUAGUGUAAAUAGAAAUCGUACUGAUUCCUUAGAACAUUCAAUAAAUACUAUAGAAAUAUCAGAAUGUUCUAACACCUCUAAAUGUACUGUAAAAAAUCUUAUUGUUCAUCCAUGA